UGUGUGUGUGUGUGUGUUGGUCACAACAGAGAAAGAGAGUGAGUGGGAGAUAGGCUUCGUCAGAUUUAAAUAUCAGGCUGACUGCAUAUUUUACCUGUGUGUAGUUGGAUAUUAUUUGAUGUUAAACAGAUAUUUUGUGUGUCCUGUAGAAAAGAGAGAGAGGUAUCUGAAACUAUAUACAGAAGUGGCAACAAAAGAAAUAGAAACCGAAGAUGGCAGAGAAUACUGUACAGCCAGAGAGAAAGUUGGGGUUACUGAGCGGAAUUGCUCUGAUAGUCGGCACCAUGAUUGGAUCUGGCAUCUUCAUUUCGCCCAAGGGCGUUCUUGAAGCGAGCAGGUCUGUUGGAUUGACCAUGAUUAUAUGGCUUGGAUGCGGUGUCAUUGCCAUGCUCUCUUCCUUAUCUUAUGUAGAAUUGGGGACGUUUAUUACAAAGUCUGGCGGAGAAUUUUCCUAUAUCAUGACAGGUCUUCCAGCAGUGUUGGCGUUCUUGUACAGUUGGUGUUCGGUUAUAGUCCUCAGACCUUCAGGAUUGGCUGUGAUCUGCUUGGCUUUUGCUGAAUAUGUAGCUUCUCCUGUCUUCGAUUCAUGCGGACCACCAGUUGUCUUUGUGAAAUGUUUGGCUGCUGCAGCAAUCAUUGUGAUCACAGCAAUCAACUGUUACAGUACUGAAUUGGCAGCAAGCAUUCAGGUGAUUUUUACCGUAGCUAAGAUCAUAGCCCUCAUCAUCAUCAUCAUUGGUGGUUUUGUAAUGAUGGGAAGAGGUAAUUAUAAAAAUUUGCCUCUGGCAAUAAUAAUCGGGAUUCCCCUUGUCACCAUUCUGUAUCUUCUGACGAAUGUCUCCUAUCUGGCUGUUAUGACAAAAAGGGAGCUCUUGGAAUCGGCUACAGUUGGUGGGUUAUGGGGUGAUCGAGUUCUUGGAGUUGCUGCCAUUAUAAUACCAAUUUCUGUGGCUAUGUCAACGUUUGGGGCAGCAAAUGGAUCUUGUUUCACAUCUGGGCGACUGACUUUUGCUGCAGCCAGGGAAGGUCAUCUUCCACAAGUUCUCUCCUAUCUUCACAUCAGGAAGAAAACUCCAGUUAUCUCCCUUAUAUUCUCAGCUAUAAUUGCUUUAAUCAUGAUAAUACCAGGAGAAAUAUCUUCACUAAUUGAUUUCUUCAGUUUUACUGCCUGGCUUUUCUAUGGACUGGCUUUCUUAUCGCUUAUAGUAAUGAGGUUUACGAAGAAAAAUGAGCCCAGACCGUUCAAGGUUUUCAUCCUAGUACCAAUUGUAAUGCUCAUUAUCUCCGUAUAUCUGGUCGUGGCACCAAUUGUACAAAAUCCUGAUUUGGGUUUUCUCUACGCCUUCCUUUUAAUCAUUGGAGGACUUAUCUUCUAUUUCAUUUUCGUCCACUUCAAAGUCGAGUUGCCAUGCAUGAAAGCCUUUACGAGAUUUAUUCAAAAGUUUGUGGGUGUUGCUCCAUCAAAAUAUGUUGCCCUAGAAAAGCCCGAAAGCAACAAGUCUUGAACAUCAAGAUUGGUAAAAACAAAUAUUCAGCCAUUGGGAAUUAAAUUUUAAUUCCAUGAAAUUUCAGGAAGAAAAAAUGAAAAAAAGGCAAAGGCAAAUACUCAACAAUACGAAAAUGAAAUUAAUUUCUCUGGAUAACUUUGUGUGUGUGUGUGUGUGUAAGAGAGAGAGAGAGUGAGUGAGUGAGUGUUUUUGUGUGUGUGCAUGUGUUUAAUCUUUUUACUGGAAUUUUCUUGGAGAUAUUACAUACUGAACCAAAUCUCAACUUUAGACUCUUUAGCCUCAAUGUAAAAUGUUGAGCAGCUAUGAUUUAUUUUCAACUGAAAAGUGGAGGGGAAAAAAACGAGGCAAAAAAGCCUAAACAUAACAAAAUACUUGAUCUGCAGCAAAUUUGAAUGAACAACAUUUCUCAGUGAAAAUAUCUUCUGAACAACUUGAAACAUGGCGUAAUUUCAUUAACUAAUAUUAACACUUCACACUUUCACCUAUACUCAUACAUUUUUCCUUGCUUGAAUAUCAACUCACUGGGAUUUCAUUCUCAGCACAUGGACUUACAAUUGUACGAAUGAUACAGCAUUCAUAUUGAGUUCACUGGUCAUUGAGGGCUUGCAAAGCUUAUGAAUGCAAACACUUUCUUCUGACAAAAUCAGUGAAAAGAAAACAAACUUACUUUACUCAUUAAAAAAAAAAAGGCAAAACACCAGAUCAAAUCUUCACCAAUUCUUUUGUUACCAUAUUUCUAUUGAAAUGUAUUGUCUUUGGUUUGGUUAUUUUUGAAAAUAUUGAAAACUUUUAACUAAAAUAACUUUAUCAUUUUGUUGAAUAUCUUGGGAGAUUUGUUAUAUCAAUCAUAAUAACACAUGGGUCAAUUCUGCUUCUUUCUUGUUAGUCAUUUGGUUAAAUAUGUAACCAUCUAACUAAUCAAGCAUUUGUUUAAUGUGCUCGUCAAACAAUUGAUUAGCUGUUUGUUAGUCAAAGUUCUUUCGUUGCUGGUCGCCAUCUUUUCAGUGACUUGGUAAUUUCCUCUCUCACUCUGAGGUCUGUAAGGUCUGUCCUUGUUAUUAUUGCUGUUAUUAUUGGUGUAAUUACUCUCCCAACACACAACAAAAUUUGUUUCAACAAAGGAAUUCACAUCAAGAAUCUUGCAAAACAAAUACAACUUUGCCAUUAUUGUUUUGGUUGGAGCAUAAACUAACAUGAAAUUUUGAUGGAAGAUUUUAAUUCAGAUCACUUUAAUACAGAAAGAUUGUGUCAUAAAAUCAGGGAUGAUCUCAGAUAUGUCGCCAUCCAAAGGAUUAAUUUAAUUAAAACCUUCGUUAUAAAGUUGAACAAAAAAACAUAAUUCUUGAUGAAAGAAAUUAAAUACUGAUUGAUUUUUUAAAUCCAAAUUUUGACCUACCCUCAUUGAAGAACUUAUCAAACAUAGAUUUGUAGAUGGUUUUUAAGUGAUGAAAGUGACACAGUAACUAUUUACAAUAAAAUGUCUUUCUGGAUUAUUUUUUUCCUGCUACUUUCAAGUAAAAGAAAACGAAUCUUGCAAGGAAUACACAAAACAUCAUUUACUAACAUGUCUAACAUGACUGGAUUAAAAGGAAAAAUUAUUUUAUGAAUACACAUACAUCAAAUGUCUGAUAGAUACUACGUUUAACUAAUUAGUGUUUUUAUCUGAAGAUUUUUUCUUUUUGGACGAACAUUUUUUAAAAAACAAUUUUUACAAAAAAAAAAAGAAAAAUAUUCUUCAAAUAUUGACUUCUAAAAUUAUCUGUGCAAUUUUUGUCUUAUGAAGUCUAAAAGACCUUUCAUAAACAAUAUUCUGUGAGUGGGAAAUGUAACAUUUCCACACUUGCCAUCUCUGAAGAGCACAAGUAUUAGAUAACCAUUCAGUUUGCUAAUAUCCAGUGCAAAAUUAAUUGGGUGAAAUCGGCUGUAAGGGAUCUAUAAUACUGAAUACUUUAAUAUAUAAUUGUUGAUACGAUGUAAACUUCUCACAGAAUGUUAUGUUGUUGUUCUUUUAUCGUACAAUAAAUACUCAAUUACAAUAAUUAACACAAAGCUAAACAACAACAAACAUUUGUUUUGUAAUAAAUCAUUAUAUUAAGGCAGUGAUCCAGCAGAAACGUUAGCACGCCGGGCGAAAUGCUUAGCUGUAUUUCAGCUGUCUUUACGUUCUGAGUUCAAAUUCUGCCAAGGUCGACUUUGCUUUUCAUUCUUUUGGGGUCGAUAAAUUAAGUACCAGUUGCGUACUGAGGUUGAUCUAAUCAACUGGCCCCCUCCAAAAAAAAUUUCGGACCUUGUGCCUUGAGUAGAAAAGAAUAAAUCAUAUUUGUAAAACAAAUUUUAUUUUAUAUAAUAUCCUUAUUAAAGUUUAGUAUCAAAAUA